GGUAGUUUAGGGAGCUGAUAGUCUCAUUAUAUUAGUAGUUACUAAAACAUUAAAGUAUAAGUUCCACUAUCUAGGUUGCCUAGUUAGUUAACUACGAUAAAGUUAAAGAUAUGGGGCUUUCUAGACUUAAAGACGUCCAUAGGUCAAAAGAUGUUGGAGUGCUUGAAUUGAAGUCAUGACGUAUAAAUUAUAGAAUAGCCCGUUCUUCUAGAACGUCCCUAAUGAGUCUCAUUGACUUCGUCUGAAGACCUCUAAAUUCUAACAUUCUCUCACCACUAAAUACUAGAUGAAAAUGAUGCCCAGACUUCAACAGAAUCUAUAUCGAGCUAGUCGGAAUUUGACUUACCUUAGGGGUAGAAUCAUUCCUAACCAACCCCUCUACGCACCAUUCACGACAUGUCCAGUACGUUUCAAAGUGGUGGUAGAUCAAACGAAGAAAUCAAACGACCCCGAAGAGGAACUGAAGGAAGAACAUCACAAACAGGCAACAAAGGCAACAUCAGGAAAAGACAGAGACCACCCUGCCAAGCAGCCAGAUCCGCAACCGAGCCCUAGCAAGUCUACAGGUAUUAGAACCGAAGGUCCCGGGUCGAAAGCUGGAGAAGGACCAGACCCGGAUGUACAUAAAGAGAAGGCAGCUGGAGCAGGUCAGCAUACUGGAUAGCUGAGAAUCAUUAGUCCUGCAGCUACUAGGUUAGCCUAUUUACUAAUAUAACCAUAAAAGAAGUCAAAGUACUUUAUUCAACACGUUCUAGAAAUAUUCGGGAGAUACG